UCGCGGGUUAGCAGCGGGCCCGUUGAGGUCAGAGGAGGCGGGCAGCUCUUCCAAGCCCAGCGCCUGCGCGGGUUUAAAGCGCUCGGAGCCCAGACCGAGCGAGCAGUCAGAGCAGUCCCAGCCCGAGACACCGCCUGGACUCGCGCGCCACUACAGCUUUCCCGGCAUGGAGGGCGAAUGCCGGGUGCUCUCCAUCCAGAGCCAUGUUGUCCGCGGCUACGUGGGCAACAGAGCGGCCAUGUUCCCUCUGCAGGUUUUGGGAUUUGAGGUUGAUGCCGUGAACUCUGUGCAGUUUUCAAACCACACAGGCUAUGCUCAUUGGAAGGGCCAGGUACUGAAAUCCCAGGAACUGCAUGAGCUAUAUGAGGGUCUCAAGGCGAACAGUGUCAAUAAGUAUGACUACGUGCUCACUGGCUACACGAGAGACAAAUCCUUCCUGGCCAUGGUGGUGGACAUUGUGCAGGAGCUGAAGCAACAGAACUCUCGACUCGUGUACGGUUAGUGCCCCGUUAUGCUGCUCCUCUUAGGGCGGGGGACAUGGCUUCUGGCCACCUUCCUGCCUAGCCUUUACCUAUUUUGACUCAUGAGACCUCUAAGGAAAAGCCUUAUAGGCGACAUCAUCAGGAGUAUUGGGAAAUUUUUCAGGGUGACCCCAGGGUUUCCCAUGAAAGGUAUGGGAAGGGAGGGGUUAAUUAUAGAUGAAGGCCUCCUAAGUACCCAAGAUGCUAGAGGUCUGAUCUUAAAGAGGUUGUGUUUGGCUUGAGGCCCCACAUAGGGGAAACUGUUGUGGGGGUGCUGACAAUGUCGGGACAUCAUAUCUAGUUUGUCUGCGUAGUGUGGGGGCACUACCCUGACUACCAGGUAGCAAGGGUCCGUGCAUCACACGGAACAGAAACAGUGUCACCACAUGUUACCAGACUCAUAGUCCAAGGUUGGAUCCUGAGUGCCAGUCUCCCAGGCGUGCGCAGUAGACCUGCCCCUGAAGGCCAAUAGCCCAUUGUUCUGUCCAUGCAGUGGACUGUGGCCCAAAGGGAAGGUACUUCAACCUAGGACAACAUUGUGAGACUCAGGCAGGCCAGGGGGAGGGCACGAUGCCAGGCCAGGCGACCUGAGGUAAUGUGUUCUUGAGACAGAGCUGUGAGCAAUAGUGACUUAAAUAAAAAAUACCCCAAGGACCUAAUUGUCUAGGCAGAGAAGUGCAAGUUUCUAGGGAGCACAUUGUUCUUUCGUUGCCGUGUGCAUUGGAAUAUUUUUUAAAGAUUGAGGGACUAGGGAUGUGGCUGGGUUGGUAGAGCCUUGGAUGGGGCUCAACAUACAUGAAGCUCUGGGUGUGAUACCUAGGAUCACAGACACUGAAUGUGGAGGACUAUGCCUGUAAUCCCAGGACUCAGAGGGUCAGAAGUUCAAGGUCAUCCCAUCUACAAUAGUGAGUUCAAAGCCAGCCAGAGCAAAAUGCGACCUACUCAUCAGUCAAGGGCGCAUACUCCUCUUGCACAAUGCCCAGAGUUCAAUUCCAAGUA